CCUAGCACCAAGAUGCUGCCACCUCUGGUCUGACUCCCAAGGGAGGCGUGCCCCUCGCACUGGGGCCAGCCCGGCCUGCCAGGGGAGAGGGGGCUACCAUGGGGCUGAGCCUGAUCCCUGGCAUGGCCAGAAAGGGUGUUGCAGGGGGAUAUUUGCACCCCCCCCCGCCAUCGUGUCUCUACUUGACCCCUCCCUGUCUGGGAGUGUGACCCAUCUAAUUUAGCAACCAGCCACUGCCCAUGGGGGGUCAGAUGGGGUCGGGGUCUCAGUCGCAGGGCGGCUGGGAGAUGGGGAUUUACUGCAGGGCCAAGAAAGGGGUCCCCAGUUCAUUGGGGCUGCCUGAGUGUAUUGGGGUCCCUAUGCCCAUGCGGGGGGGGCUCCCUGCUGCUGGAGCUGUCACCCCGUGGCAUUAACCCACUGCCCCCCAUCCCACGGCACCUGGUUCCACCCCCCGUGCCUCAGUUUCCCUCUCUGCCCUUCCCCAAGCUGGCUGUUCCCGGGCGCUGGUUCCAAUCCAGCCAGCCAGGGCGUGAUCUGACGCCCCCCCCUCCACCCGCAGGGGCCAACGCCCUGUCAUCUCUUUCCCCCCGGGACGGCCCUGACCCUUGAGCUGGUUCUGACGCCACCCCGCUGUCGUCAGCGAGCAGGCCCCUGUUAGCCCGCCCCGCAGAGCGGCCUGCGGGGCAAAGGGGCUCGGAGCGGCUGGCCCUUGGCUCCGACGCAGGAUCCCUUCUCCGGGCGCCAUGGGCUUCCCAGCCGGGCUCCUGGUCCUGUUGUCGGUAGGGGCCCUGCCGUGCCAGCCGGUAACCCACGGGGACUCGGCCAAGGACGGUCACUGCUUCCAGGUCCUCCCAAGUGAGGAGGGGGCCCUGAAUAUUGGCCGCCACUGGGGGGUCACCACCCCAGCAGCCACUGUCCACAUCGACAUGCGCAAGGUGACCAGCACCGCCUCGUCCUUCGAGUUCCGCACUCUGGACCCUGAGGGGGUGAUCUUUUUUGGGGAUAUGGGGGACCACAGCGACUGGUUCGUCCUUGGGCUGCGCCGGGGGAAGGCCGAGAUGCAGAUCAACAAUAUCGUGACGAACAUCAGUGUUCGGGGCGGGCAGCGGCUGGACGAUGGACACUGGCACCGAAUGCUGGUGAUGAAUGAGGGGGACAGCGUGCGGCUGGAGGUGGACGACGAGGAGCUUCUGACCCUGGGCCACGUCUCGUACCCCAUCAUGGAGCGCCUGGUGCCCGAGAUGCGCCUCGCUAUGGGGGGGCUGCUCCUCCCUGCCUCGCGCCUGCUGUCCCCGAUGAACACGGCCAUGGAUGGCUGCCUGCGGCACUGGAGCUGGCUGAACCAGACGACCACGUGGCGGGAGGGCGCCGCCCUGCGGGCCAAGGCCAAGCCUUGCUUCAGCGCCCUGCGGCCUGGCAGCUUCUUCCCCGGGGCGGGGCUGGCCAGCUUCCGCCCGGCAGACCUGGCUGGUGGCGCUGCGCCCCACAAUGGGAGCUGGGGGCUGGAGGUGGAGCUGGGGCUCCGGGCCCCCCGGCAGACGGGGCUGGUGCUGGCUGUGGGGGCCCCAGAUGGGAGCCUGGCACUGAGCCUGGUCCUGCAGCCCAUGGCCGUGGCGGUGCGACUGGGCAACUGGACCAAGCUGCGGCUGCCCCUGCCGGAGGGGCCCUGCCUGGAUGCCCCCCUGCACCUGCAGGUCUCCUCCACCCAACUGGCCCUGCGGCUGGGCAACCUUGGAGGCACCCUGCCCAACCAGCCCCCCGACUUCCAGUGGCUGCAGGGGACCUGGCUGGACCAGGAGGGGCGGCUCUUCAUUGGGGGGCUGCCAGACGGGGACAAGACCCCCAGGCCCCAGGAGUGGGGGGCCUUCCGGGGCUGCCUGCGGGGGAUCCGGGUGCAAGGUCGCCAACUGGACCUGGACUCUGCCCUGUUCAGGAGCGACACCAUCUGGGCCCACAGCUGCCCCCAUGAGGGGGCAGAAGCGGGGAGGAGAGCCAGGGGCGACGGUGCUGAUUAAAGGAUCUGCCGGGCAA